AUGGAGAGAAUAAAUCAACAAAGAAACAAUGAUCGCCGCUGGGCUCACCGCGUUCUCUCGUGGGUUGUACAAGCAGUGCGACCUUUGCGGCCAGAGAAGCUCCUACACGCCCUCGCCGUUAUAGAGGGCAACAACCAACUCGAGAGCGACAAUAUCCCGGUUUUAGGCGAGGUCAUUUCUCUAUGUGCGGGUCUUGUUUUGGUAUACCAAGACAGCAAUACCAUCCAGCUGGUCCAUUUCACAACUUACGAAUACUUCAGUGGCUAUGACAUCAACUGGAGACAGGCGGCGCGAGAUCUUGUAGCUACCGUGAUCCAGUAG